AUGUCAUCCGGCGACGAACCAGUUCUAAUUGAACGGAUUUCACACGAACAGACAACAACAUCGUCUGCUGCUUUUAUCUCACAACAGCCAACAACAUCGGUUAAUGCUUUAAAUUCACAACAGCCAACAACAUCGGCUACUGAUUUUACACAGGCAACAACAUCGCCAAUUAUUCAACAAAACAAGACAUCACAAAGACCUGCUAAUUCUAUAAACUAUUUCCUAGAUAACGUUACUGGCGACGGAGAUUGUUUAUUUCGAUCAAUUGUUCGUGCGUUAUAUGCUGGAUCAGAGGGACUGGCUUUGCACGCUAAUUUCUUAUACGAAGACUAUCAAAGAGGACUAAGAAGACUUAUUGCACGUCGUUAUCAAGAAGACCUGCACAACAUCGCAGAUGAACACCUCACUGAUGAGCGCAUUCACGAGAUCGAAUGGGACGCUCCACAUAUUCGACAGGCUGGACUUCGUUUGGAUGUGACAGAUCCUCGAAGAUCUAUGCGAGAAUAUAGUCUUCACAUGAUGCAGCCGGCAAACAACAACAACACACGCUAUGGAUCUCAUCUUGAAAUCCGUUAUGCUGAAAUUGUUCUUGGGCGCCGUAUACUCAUCGUUGAAAAUCUCCGACGUCGCGUAGUUGAUGAAAAUGGCCGUGUUCAAUGGAGAAUUAUGCCAAACGAAUACCAAGGAAUUUUCCUCUCUCCUGGCCUUUCUGCAGAAGAGAUGGGGCUUACAAGCAUCACUAACUUUGGUCAAAUAUUUCAAAUACUCCGUGCACAUAAUAUGGAUAACACCAUCGUCCUUAGACUAGAAGGAUUACAUUAUCGGCCAAUUUAUUUGGUAGAUUAUUUUUACUGUAACAUAGAUUAAAUAAAAAAUUUAAGCGUCCGAUGCCUGAUGAACAUGGUGAAGAGAAUGCUAGAAUUUUAGAUCUGCUAAGCGACGUCCCAUCAGAACCUUGGACCCCACAAUGAUAAAUUUAAAAUAUGAUUAUGCUGUUUUUACGAAUUUAGUAUAUGAUUUGGUUUCGGAUGAUUUCUGGAUUUUUGACAAAUUUGUUUGUUUAUUAUGAAGUUUUAUGUUGCGUUAUUUUUUGGAUGAUAUUUGUUUGGAAGCUUUGUUAUGUUAUUUGGAUAUUUUGAAAUGUUUAUUUUUUGUUUAUUUUGGGAAUCAAUUUGUCAUGGCUUUACGUUAAUUAGUUUUAUUGAAUAUAUGUCUUAGUAUUUUUUCGUUUUUUGGUUGUCUUGGAUUAUUAGUUUUUUUGGGUUUUUGGAAAAGAAGUUGAGAAUUGUUUGGAGAAUUGAGGAAUAGAGAUUUGUAUGGAAAAAAUUUGUGUGUUGAAUAUUUUUGGAUUAGAUUUUAUGUUGUUUGGUUGGUUGAUUUUGAGUACGUUGUAUGUUUUGGAUUUUAAAUUCAUUAGAUGUUUUGGAUUAUACGCUUUUGGAUUUUUUACAAAGAAAUGGAUAAUUGUUUGGAUAAAUGUAUGUAGUUAAGCUUAUAUAAUAAUAUUUAAAAAUUUUAUUAAGGACGAAAUUGAGAUAUAAAUUGAAAAUAUCUUGGAUGAUGUUUGGUUAUUGGAUUGGAUUUUAUGUUAUUUAGAUUUAGAUGUUAUGUAAGAAUCUUAAAUUACUAAAUAUAUUCAUAUUUUUAGUUAAGGAGUAAGUGCGGGUUGUUAGAAAUAUUUUGGUUGUUGGGUUAUUUAUUUUGGAUUGGAUUUUAAUUUGUUGUGAUGUUUUGGAUGUUUGGAUUUUAAGUUCUUUGGAUUGUGGGGAGAUAUAAAAGAGAAUUGCUUGGGAUAAAAUUGUGUUUUGUUGUGAAUAUUUUGAUUGUUUAGCUAUUUAUUGUGGAUUGGAUUUUAAGACGUUGGGAUGUUUUUGGAAUUGAAUUUUUUGGUGACUAGAAUUAAAUGUGUUGGAUUUUUGGAAAAGUGUUGCGAAUUGCUAGGAUUAAUGUAUGGAGUUUAAAAUAAUUUAAAAAAAUUAUAAUUUUCAUUAAGGAGGAAUUGAGAUUUAUUAUGAAAAUAUUUUGUAUGCUGAGUUAUUUUUUGGAUGGAAUUAUGUUGUUUGGAUUGUAUGGUUAUAAGUUUGUUGUAUUUUUGGGUGUUUAGAUUUUGUGUUUUCUGAACUUUGGAUGUUAAAUUUGUUAGAUGCUU